GACACGAUGUUCCCAACUUAGAGAAAAAGGUAGUCUUAAUCACGGGCUCGAGUUCAGGUAUCGGCGCCUCAAUAGCCAUACUUAUGGCCCGAAACGGUGCCCGAGUUGUGGUCAACGGUCUGGACGGUCGAGAAGUGCGUUCAGUGGCCGACGAGUGCGCGCGAGUAUCGCCGUCGGGCUUAUCGGCACUCGAAGUCGUCAUAGACUUUCGCCGCGAGUCUGACACCAGGAAAGUCAUUGACGCCACUAUUGAGACCUUUGGACAGUUAGACAUAUUGGUCAACUGCGCCGGCUAUGUGGUCACGGCUAACAUAACAGACCCGGAUUAUAUCGAGAAGCAAAAGGCUAUGUUUGAUGUGAACCUGAAUGCAGUCAUACUGUUGACACAAUUAGCGGUCAAACAUUUGGCAAAAACUAACGGCAAUAUCAUUAGUAUAUCGAGUGUCGGGGCAAUUAUACCGGGUAUGACUGUAUCGCCUUACUGCAUGACAAAGUGUGCCAUAAAUAUGUUUACUAAAUGUAUGACCCUCGAGUUGGCGACAAAAGGGAUCCGGGUUAAUGCAUGGGGACAGCGUUUAAAUGGUCCCAAACAU